UCAAUAACCAUUAUUAUUUAUCUUGGGAAUUAAAUCCUGAAAAUAGUUGCAUGACUAGCCAGGUCCAAUAAAGAGGAAAAUAGUGCUUCUCGUCAUUUGUAUUCAUUGCUAAAAGAUGCUGUCCAUAUUGACAUUGAUCCUCAUCGUUUCAACAGCUUAUGCAGGACAUUGGCCAAAAGGAACGUAUACACUUGUCAAACCUAAAACAGGAUGCCCUUCAAGAUGGAAGGAAGGAUGGCGGAAGCAAGACAAUGAAGAUCGUAGGAACUCUAACAGCAUAACACCUGGACAUCAUUUCCAUGGUUCCUUUGGAGGAAACAUGGUAUUCCACUUUUGUACCAAGGAUGAGCAUGUCAUAUCCGGUAAUUAUAAUUGGCCAAGAGGAAACUACUGUAUUUUGAGGCAAGGAAUAUCCUGUCCACCAGGUUUCAGGACCGGAAGUAUUCAUUGGGAUGAUGAAGACAGACGAAAUUCAAAUGCACUCGGGGGUGUACUUCCCAGUGGAUCAUAUGGGAGAAACACUCUCAUAAACUAUUGCUGCAGAUCUGACGGUUUAGCACGAAAAAGAAUCAUUCUUCCAAAAAAUAAACCAUUCUAUUUAUUGCGAUUUCGAUCACCAUGCCAACAGGUGAAAGGAAUGCUUGUCAGAGAGGAGAUUGUGCACUCAGAUGACGAGGACAGUAGAAACAAAAAUAGUGUCAGCGGAAGUCAUCCGAUGAAUGAUGGGGGCAGAAACAACAGGCUCUUCUACUGUUAUUAUUAUUAAAUUUUUACUACCGGAAGCCUCACAACGAAUGUAGGGGAAAACAACAUAUUCUUCUAUUGUUAUUUAACCUGAAUAAAUUGCAGAGAUUCAAAUAAUGAAUCUUUUUUAACAUUCA